UGUUUUUGUAAUCGACAGUUACCUUUCCUAUAAUGUGCGCGUUAUGAAGUGCCUGCAUUCGUAGAAACGUUGAAGUUUUGAUACCAAAGGGCGGAAUUUCGGGGCCAGCUUACGCUCGAGACAAUAGUAUGUGGCAAAGCUUUUCAUGUCGCCUGCAUUCCUCUGACCGAAAGUACAUACGAGUAGGUCACGUCAGAACCCGCCUUCAUUUCGUUCGGGACAAGCCAUAUGGUGUUUAACCCCUCACUCUGGGUCGGUGAUUUAAUACGAAAGGCUUAAGUGAAGGCAAGCUUGGCAACAUUAGCAAGGUGUACAGUCGUGUUGCUGCAUGGCACAUGUGUUCAACGUGACCAGGUCGGCAGCGAUAACGACAGCAACAGCAGGGAAAAUCAGCGGCACAGUGUCGUGCAGCAUCGCUCCUUGUAGUGGGCCGUUGCAGCUGCUAAAGCCGGCCUACUUCCGGGCCAUCGCGCUUGACUGUGGUGUUGGCAAUCCAUCCUCGGCCGGAACGCACCUGGCGGAGUCAGCCCUUUAGCUCACAGCUUAUCCAGGAUAAGCCCCCGCGCCUGCAUUGCUACCGCUUGCAAGGCGCCUAAACCGCCCUCAAAACAGCCAUAGCCGUGCUGCCCUCUCCCUGAGGAAAGCCCGGCAUCCUCAGCUGGCAAUAUGGAGAACUACGAGUACAUAGCCGAUCUGGGCAGCGGCAGCUACGGGUUCGUGUGGAAAUGCACGCAGCGCAGCAGCGGGCGAACGGUGGCGGUGAAGGGCUUCAAACUGGCGCACACGGACAAGCGGUUCCUGGACCAGGCCAUUCGCGAGGUGCGCAUGCUGCGUGCGGCGUGCGACCACCCCAACGUGGUGCAGCUGCUGGAGGCGUUCAGGAGCAGCAGCGGCCGCGUGUACCUUGUGUUUGAGUUCGUGGAGCGCUGCCUGAGCAGCGAGCUGCACAAGCGCUUCACAUGCGGGCUGCCGGCGGGGCAGACGCGGCUGGUGCUGUGGCAGCUGCUGGCGGCGGUGGCGCACCUGCACGCCAAGAAGAUCAUCCACCGCGACAUCAAGCCGGGCAACCUGCUGCUCACGGCAGAGGGGCUGGUCAAGCUGUGUGACUUUGGCUUCGCGCGCACCACCCGGGCCGACCCGCACCAGGCGGACCGCUUCUCCUCCUACGUGGUGACACGCUGGUACCGCUCGCCGGAGAUGCUGGUGUCCGACCUGUACUGCGCCGCAUCCGAUAUUUGGUCGCUGGGCUGCACCUUUGCGGAGCUGGCAACAGGCAGGCCGCUGUUCCCCGGCACCUCCUCCCUGGACCAGCUCUGGCGCAUCAUGCGCUGCCUGGGGCCGCUGCCGCCCAGCCAGGCGGAGCGCUUCGCAGCCGCCGCAGCCGCCGCGGGGCUUCCUGAGCCGCCUCCGCCGCCCCCGCGCGGCAAGUCGCUGUGGCAGCGCCUGCCGGAGCUGGACAGCCGCCUGCUGGAUGUGGUGCAGGCCUGUUUGCGUCUGGACCCAACCACACGGCCCACCGCCGUACAGCUCAUGCAGAUGCCGUACUUUUGGGAGGUCCCCCGCCUCAUCUCCGCCUCCCCCCUGGAGCGCCACUACCUGGAGUACGGCGGAGUGGGGGCGUUCUGCCAGCCGCAACUGCAGCACACCGUUUCCGGCCGCCUGCGUUCCUACAUCUCCCGCAGCGGCCUGGCGGGCGCUGCCUCGCUGUCGUCGCCCUUCACCUCCGCGGCGGCUCCUACUACGGCACGUGGAAGCGGCGGCGCCGCCGCAGGGGCGGCGGAGGACAUGCUUUUAUCUCCGCAGAGCUCGGCGAAUGGUCCGACGGUUAUGGCGGCGGUAGGGCUGACUGGCGACGCCAGCGGCGGAGGAGGAGGGGACUUGUCGUCACGUCAGCCGCCGCGGCCGCCUUCGGUGCUGCUGUCGGCGGUGGCGGCGUCGCUGAUCGGGGAGCACCCGCAGUCGGGCAGCGGUGCGGGUGGCGGAAGCGUGCCGCUGGUGGCGCCGCUGCCGCCGCAAGCACCGACGACGCAGCCACAGGCGCAGGCGCAGCAGCCCCAACCCCGGCCCCAGCCGCCUGCAUCGCAACCGCAGCCGCAUCCACAGUCCCGGCCCCUGCCUCAGACGCAGGUGCAGGGUUCUGCCGGUGCUAGCGGUGCCGGUGUCGAUAACGCCAGUGGGGCGGCGGCGGCGGCUGCAGCUGCAGCGGCGCCAGGCAGGAACCCCUCACCGCAGCAUGUAAUAAGUCCUACAGCACCUGCUUCCGCCUCCGUUGCUACCGCUGCUGGCCUCGGCAAGAGCAGCAGCAGCAGUGCCACAACCGGCGUCGCAGCCGCGUCGGGCGGCAGCAGCGGCGCUCCGGCGUUGGUUCGCACGCCGUCACCCGCGCCGCCCUCUGGCUUGCCUCGCGCGCACAGCCACUCGCGGUUCAUGACGCUGGCGGCACAGCACCCGCCGCCACAGCAGCAGCAGCAGCGGACCUCGUCCUCCCGAUCUCCCUCACCACCCGUGCAGCGGCAACCUUCUCAGGUGCCGGCCCUGCCUGCGUUGCCCGCCGCCCCUCACCAGCAACAGCAGCAGCAGCCGCAACCCCCUGCACAACAGCAACUGCUACCACAGCGGCGCGCGACGGCAAAUAUCAUGGCAACGGCGGCGGCGUUGACGGCGGCGCCAACGGCUGCGACGGCGCUGCGGGAUUUGUCGUACAAUCGAACGCAAAGCGCCCGGGAGGCUUCCGAACCGGUGCCGGCGGCGGCAGAGCAGGCGCCAGCGGCAGCGGCGGCGGCGGCGGCGCAAACCCGUCGUUCGGCAGUGGCGUUUGGCGAGGAGGCAGCUGCAGCCCGCACGAGCCAACCCACGCCGUCUCCCGAUGUGCGGCCAGACACACCUCAGGACAUGGAGCCGGACGACGCAACCAUUGCCGCUGGGUUGCUCAGCGACGGCGAUGGCGACAGCGGCGCAGGCGUCAGCGGUGCCAGCGUGGGAGGUGCAGGGUUGAGCCGUCAGAGGAACGCUUCCUCCUCCUCUCCUGAAGGGGGUCCAGGCUUGGGCCCGGGGGUGGCGCUGCUGGCUGAGGAAAUCGGCAGGGAGGGGUCCGAUGUGGAGGAGGGGCACAUCAGCGAUGACGACGAGCUUAUGCAGUACUUUGCCGCAAGGGCGCCGGCGGCGGCCGCGGCGGCGGGGCCGACGGCGAGCCGCCGAGCCGCUACCUCGCGGUCCGCCAUGUUGGAAAGUGCGGAUAUCGAACGACGAGGCGCGUCUGUAUCCGUCGUCGCGACGUCUGGAGGAGGAGCAGCAGCGGCGGCGGCGGUUGCGGCGACAGUGAGCCUGCGCAGUGGCAGCAGCCUUGGCGUCAUGACGGGCAACAACGCGAACGUUGCCGUACCGUCGCCACUGGGCGGUCGCCGGGCGCCGUCGGAUGUACGGCUCGCGGGGAGUGCACACGUGGCUCAUCGCAGCUUGUACGGCUCCCGCCAGAACAGCAGUUCCGGCCUCGCUGCGAUGCUUCCGGGCGCUCGUCGUGUGGCCGCCAUGGUGCUCGGCGGACUUGAAAACGGAGGCGGCACGAUAGGCACCGCAGGCUCAGUCGCUGCAGCAGGCGGCAGUGGCGCCGUCGCCGCCGCCGGCGGCUCCAUUGUGCUUUCGCCGACGCAGCAGCAACGGAAGCGCGUGACCGUUGGCAGUUACCUCGCAACCUCGGAGUCGUUGUCCGUAACAGUUACGGCAGCAGCGUCGCCAAUGGACACGCCGCUGCCGGCAGCGGCAGCGCCGUCGGCUCGUGCGGCUACCACAACGUCCCUCGGGGCCGAGGUCGGCGGCGGCUCCAGUCGGUUCGCUAGUCCGCGCUGCCUUGCUGCAGUGGACUCCCACACAUCCCUCCACCAUGCUACUACCCCUACCGGCCUGCCAGCACUCAACCACCACUCAACAGUCACCGGAAUGACCACCACCUCAUCCAGCAUAUCCCUAGCGCUACCGGUGCCGCGCGCCUCACUGCCCGUGCAUAGCUACCAUGCGACCGCCGGAGGCCCCUCAGCCAUCGGUUACUGUACAAUGGGUGGCGUCGGUGUUGGCGGUGUGAGCAGCAGCUGCCGCCGAGCAGUAUCACGGCAAGGCUCAACGGUCUUCAACCAACUCAUGUACGACGCGUUGCCUGAAAUCGGCACCCCUGGCGGCGCGCCGGAGGUACCUUCCGCGACGCCGCCGAAGCGCCGCGCAGUCAUGAGCGGCUUCACGCCCUGUCGUACAGCCGUCGCCCGGGCGGCGGCGAAUGGCGUGCCGCCUGCCGCCGCCAUGGCCGCCGCCAUGGGUGAAGUCCUACGGAGCACCCCCGCCGACCUCAACGUUGCCUACAGCCCCAUCCAGGUGAACCGGCCGGAAGAGCUGCUCUCGCCCGAGGACCGGGAACACGGGCUGCGCUACCCGGAGCACAUGCAGGGCACCGCUUCCGCGUCGGCCGCGACCAUCUCCGCCGCUUGCGCGGCGGUGUCGCGUCGCGUGCCGUACGCUACAUCUCACCGCCGUCCGGUACUGUCCCUGCCGUACACCAGCGAGGCCGGGAACGGCAUGCCGCCGUACCGCUGCCCGUCAGGCGGGCCAGGAAACCACCAACACGCUGCUGCCACGGGUGCGGCCGCGGCCGCGGGCGCUAACAGCCCGAACUACUCCCGCGGACCUGCAUACAACAACACCCACUAUCCUUGCCCGCAUGGCGCGGCCACCACCACUAGCGACACGGGUAUGCUGCUCGGCAGCUCCGCGCCCUGCGUUUACCGCCAGCCGCAUCACAGAGUGACGGAGACAAGCGGGGCCGUUCCCAUCCCGGGCUGUGCCGCGGGCGGGCAUGGGCCCUGCGCAGGCGGCAUGAGCGGCCCUGUUGUCACCAGCACCGGUGGCGGCACCAGCGCCAGUCCCGGCGUGGGCCUUAUGACGUCGAUUCCCUCUCGCGGCUACCCGCACCCGCUGACGCCGGCAGGCCGCAGUCGACUGGCGAGCGGAACCGUGGGUCACUUGUCCGAUCUGUCCGUCAGCAAUCCCAGGGAAAACCUGCAGCAGCUAGCCGCCGGCGUGGAAGACGCGCCAUCGGUCGAUCUGGACACGUUGGGGCCCUGGGGCGGCGGAGUGGGCAUGAGUCCGGGCGGCCCGGGUGCUUCUGGCGUCCCUCCGCCGAUGCAUGUUCAAAGCAUGCCGUUGCUUAACCAGCAAGGCGCCAGCUUCAACAGCGCCGGCGGAUACUGCAACAACAGCCACAGCGGCAGCGGUGUGUACCACCAGCAGCAGCAGCAGCAGCAGAUGGUACCACAGCAGCAGCAGCAGGGGCUGCCGCCCGUUGGGGGCGCUCGCGCGGGUCGCGUGGGUCGGUGGGUCUCCGCCCUCAUCGACUCGCUGCCGGAGGACCGGGAGGUGUUCCUGGAAGGCCAGGAGGUGCCCGGUGGCGGUGGCGGCGGCGGAGCUGUCGGCGGGGGUACGUGCGCAACCACUGCCAAUGACGGCACCAUUCAG